AUGGCUCUCUAUGGUACCCAGGUAAAGAUCUUCAAGGAGAACCCAGUCAUCCUGCAGAUUCCUGCUGCUCCUGUGGUGGAGGGAGAUAACAUCACUCUGCUCUGUAGAACAAAGAAUCCCUCCAACAAAUCAGCUGAUUUCUUUAAAGAUGGUAUCUUCAUCAAAAAUGAAAAUACACGACGCAUGACCAUCUACCAAGCAUCAAAGGCUCAUCAAGGUUCCUACAAAUGCAGCAUUGGUGGUCGUGAUUCACCAUCCAGCUGGCUGCUGAUACAAGAUGAUGCUGACCCCCCAACUCUCACACCGUCCCCCAACACAGCUCAGCUGUUUGAGUACAAGAGCCUGAACCUGAACUGUGGUGUUCAAGGAUGGACAGUGAAGAGGUUCACAACAUUUGCUGAAGACCUGUCCAGUUGUCAAGCAUGGGGGCAAGUCGAUUCCCAUGGCUGCAUCCUCCAUACGACCAAGCAGCCUGACAGCGCGGUUUAUUGGUGCGAGUCUCCUACACAGCAGCGGAGCAACUCAGUCAACAUCACUGUUCAUGGUCGAGAUACUCCAGUAAUCCUGCAGAGUCCCGUCCUCCCCAUGAUGAAGGGAGAUAAUGUUACUCUGCACUGUGAAACAAAGAACACUCAGUCCAUCCUCCCAGCAACUUUCUACAAAGAUAACUCUAUUGUUGGUACUGAGCCUAGAGGUCACAUGAUCAUCUAUAACGUCACCAAGUCUCAUGAAGGCAUCUACAAGUGUAACAUGAGUGUGGGAGAGUCUCCAUCCAGCUGGCUGUUCAUCAUAGGUAAAACAGGAUGA